UUAAAAAUGGAGACGAUCAAAACAAAUGCUAUACCCAACUUAGAAGUUUUAAGCAUUACACAGUUGCCAAACGAAGUGCUAGAAAGCAUUUUCAUGGAAUCGUGUUUAAUAGCUAAAGAUCUAAUAAAUUUGUGUAUUACGUGUAGCAGACUAAAUGAAGUUAUUAGUUCAAAUUCUACACUUUGGCAAACAAAACUUCAACACAGAUGGAAGCAUGCAUAUAAAAGAAUUAAAAAACUCAGAUCGAAAAGAACACAGAAAGAUGGCAUGGUUCUGUGCUGGAAGUCACUUUACCGUCAGAGACUUGUAGUAAAAAAUGUUGUGGCACAGCGAUUGGCCAAUAUGCCCAGUGAGGUACACUCUGGGAAAGCUGCUUGUCAGAAGGCUCUCAGUGAAGGAAACUUUUAUAACUUUUGCCAGUUGCUUCCCUCUGAAGUUGAUGCCGAUUUAAGAACAGAAUUUGUUGUUGAUGAGCUGAUGUGCAUUGUUGCAUCAGGAGAUGAUGCACAUAACCUACAAGGAAAAUACUUUGCUGAAAAAUCUUUGGCGUUUUAUUGCCAUCAGGGAAUGCUUGAUGAAAUUAAAGCUUUUGUAAUGGAUAAAAGCUGUAAAAUUGAUUUAGAAACUGGUGCUUCGUUAAUAGCUCAGUGGUUUCAGCCAACUAAGAAAAUCACUUCUGUGAGAAUAAAAGAAAAACUUGACAUAUUUGCUCAUGAGGUGAAAUUAAUUUUAAGCACAAUCUCCCCAGAACAUCCUGUCUUGCAGGAAAAUUUCGUCCUGGUCUCUAAACUUGAGGAAUCGUUAUGGAGUCCUCAGAAGUGCAGGGAAAUCUUACAAGCCAUAGAAAUGUUUGUAGUGCCAAACUUUAACCAAAAUUUUAAAAAAUAUUUCAAACCUGAAAACUCGUAUAUAAAUCUUGUUCUUGAGAAAAAACAAGGCAUUCAUAUCACACUUUGUCUGACAGUAAUGGGCAUAGCCAGACGCUUAGGUUUAUUAAUGGAGCCUGUAAACUUCCCUCACUAUUUUGUUCUUCGUUGGAAAGAGUUUCCCAGCAAGCGAGGCAUUGAACAGUAUACCUUCAUUGAUGUUUUUAAUGGAAAUUUCAGCAUGAACUAUGAGAGACUGUUGCAGUCUCUAUCUCCAGGUAUUUCCAUCAACAGCGAUCAUUGCAAAUCAUGCACAGAGUUGGAUGUUAUUCAGAGAAUGAUGAGGAACCUCAUCUCCAUAGGCAAACACCAACAGAAUACACAAGGACUUGAGUUCCUGUACCAUGCACUAGAGUUGUACAAUAUGUUUAUCCCCAAUAGUAUCGAGGAGAGGGUUUCAUCUAUUCAAAUUGCUCUGCAUCUGAGGAUCAAUCUACCAAUGGCAUUGGACAGAAUUCAAGAAGUAGUGGCCCAGUACCCAGGACUUAAAGAUAUGCUUAUAGAUUUACAGAAUGAAUGUGAAAAAAGUUUGUCCCACCUUCAACUCGAGAACUUAAAGCUGGACGAGAUAAAAAUAACUCCAAAACGAAGAGCAGACAACCCUGAAGUCAAAUAUUCAGUUGGAAUGAUCAUGAAACACAAGAGAUACAACUACGUGUGCAUGAUUCGAGGCUGGGAUGUUACUUGUGAGGCCAGUGAGGAGUGGAUUGCACAGAUGGGGGUCAACAGGUGUGACCACGGAAGAUAUCAGCCCUUUUAUCAUGUCUGGGUCAUGGAUGGGACAGAUAGAUACGCAGCUGAGGAGAACUUGACAUUCACACCACAUCUCAGACCUAUCAAACAUCCUGAGGUUGGACGCCUGUUUGAUAGCUUUAAUGGCAAGUAUUACAUCCCUGGUCCUGAGCUGAGUGAAGAAUACCCAGAUGAUCUGGAGGCUACAGAGAUGCUGGUGUCACAGUAUUUGGAGAAGCAGGGACAUAGCAGUGAACCUUUAGAGGACCUUGCUGAUGAUGAUUCAGAUUGACAUGGAUUUUCACACGAAUCAGUCAUCAGUGUGCUGUACACUACUUGAUGUUGUAAACUGUGUUUUACCUCUCAGAUUUCACAUGUAUAUCGAUGAUGGAACCAGGUCUCAGAUGGGCUGUGAAUUUAUCAACAAGUUUUAAAAAUAUACUGCAAAAGUUGCACAUAAAACAUGUUUAAUGUAAUGCAUAACAGUUUUUGUACAUUACAUAUUGUGUAUAAACAAAUUUAUAAAGCGCUCUUGCUCUUCGGAAGCAGAAAGUGUGUUGUUUUGAUGCUGAUGGUAUUUUAGGGGGUUGUGUGGUACCCCACAGUGCUUGCUUCUCCAGACUAAUCUAAAUCUAGCAGCUCUUUGGAUGCACCUUGUGAUUCAAUAAAUGCCCUUGUCCCAUGCAAAUGUUCCAUGUCCUUAGGACUCAAGUUUAAAGGGCCGAUGUUCCAAAGACCCUUAUUCAAAAGUCUCAUGCCAAAAGAACCAUGUCCUUAGGACCCCAGUUUAAAGAGUCCAUGUUCUAAAGACUCUUGUUCAAAAGGCUCAUGCCCAAAAGAACCAUGUCGUUAAAAUCCGUUUUCAAAAGGCCCAUGUUAAAAAAAACUCUGUCAACAAAGGCCCAUGUUCUAGGGACCCAUUUUCUAAAGGCCUCUGUCAUAAAACCCACAUUCUAAAGGCCUAUGCCUAAAGACCCAUGUCCUAAUAAUCCACAUUUAAUUCCCAGCUCAGGAUAAAUUUAAAACACUUCUGGUUGGUGAAUCAAAAUUUUAUACUCCAAACUCCACAUAGUGUGCUAAAAUACACAAAAAUGUUUUACUCUCAUGUAUGUCUCACUAACUUGUAGUAAAUAGGUAAAUUGAAAACCACACAUUUCUUCUAACCACUGUAAUUUAAAUUGAAAAACAAUUUAAUUAUUUUUUUAUUUUUACACCAGUCAUCUAUUAUGUCUUUUCUUGUUUUAUUUCUGGAAUUAAA